AGUUGACUUGUCGUCGUGUUCCUGAGGCGGGAGGCGGCGCUUCCAUUGGAAAGUGGAAAACCAUAGAAAUAUAAUAGCCACCGACCUUCGCACUUUUUGUCUUAUUCAUUCAACUCAACUCAGCAACACUCAGCAACACUCUAGAGAAACAAUAUUCCAAUACUCGAUUCAAACAUCAACAGAUCGACAGGAACACCCGGCAGAUCUUGCACUGUUUACAUCUCCAUCUCUAUCAACAUCAUCCAGAGCCAGUUAUCAUAACUGCACUUCAACCUCACCUCACCUCUACAUCUAAAUUCACAACAACCACAUUCAAAAUGGAGACCUCACCGCAACACUCCCGAUCUUCCUCCUCCGCUUCGCGCCGCUCAAACCUCACUCUCGACCUUUCUAAUAUCCCACCCAUGACCCCGCCUACGCCUCCUUCAAACACCCUCCUCUUCACCAACCUCACCGACCCGGCCAUCUUCCUCCCCGAGAACCUCCAGGUCAUCCGCGACCUCAUCACCCACUCCGCACCCAUUCACGCUUUCGCGCCGCUAAAAUCCUUCCGCCGUAUUGUCGUCUCCUUCUUCGACGAGCAGGCUGCUAUUGCCGUUCGCCAAGUAUGGGAUAAUGAGGCUAUCAUGGGUCAGCAGUGCCGUGUCUACUUUGGCAUGCCUACACCUGUCGAUAAGCGCGAUGAGCACCUUGCUCUUCCUGACGCUGGAAAGCUCUUCUUCAUCUCGCCACCACCUAGCCCUCCCCAUGGCUGGGAGAUGCGCCUCGAGGAUGCGCCCAACAAGCUGGUCCACGCUGAGGAUCUCGCUGAUGCGCUUGCUAAGCUGCACCAUCGCCCUGGACCUAUGGAUGAGGACCAAGACUCACCUGUCACUCCUCCCGACUCUGCGCUGCCUGGUCGAACACGCUCGCGCUCCUCUACACUCAUCUACAAGCCUGAGGAUUCGGCAAGCACCAUGCCUGCCGUCAUCGUCGACGACAUGACGGAUGAGCCCGAGGAAGUCAGCCCUGUGGAGCAGUCCAAGCCCAUCUUGGCACACACUGCCCGACCUCCCGUCGAGCUCAUGCACCAUGCUUAAGCUUGUCGCAGUCGAACACUUUCAACCAUCUUGUGAUUUAUUCUGGCGUUAUGGGUACGGAUAACGGUAACUGGGGAUCGGUGAUGGCACGAUUGAGCGGUCUGUCUACCUAGGUUUACAAUGGAGCAUUACAUCCUCUUCAGCAUGUGUUGUAGGAGUUGGUAAAAUAUGUCUUUUGGGGUUACUAUCACGGAAAUGGCGGUAAAUGUGCCACGCAUCGUUGGCUUUUACCUAUUGGCGCAACUGUAUAAGAUAGCUAGUGGCUUAAUACCAGUUCUGAAAUCAGAAUGAUACCACACAUAUUGUUUUCAA